AUGGAAUCUUCACUGCUCACAAAGCUUGAAAAUACAUCGAUCAGCACUUUGAAACCAGAGAGUUUUGACCGGCUUAAGGUUAUUGGAAAGGGUGGAUACGCAAAAGUGUUCCAAGCUCGGAAAAAGGAUAAUAACCAGAUUUUCGCCAUGAAAGUCGUGACGAAACCCGACAACAAAAUCGACGAGAACCAUAUCAAGGAUGAGAUCAGGAUCUUCGAGAAUGUAAAAUCUCGAUUCCUGUGUGAAAUGGUCCAUCGAUUCGAGACGACUAAAAAAGUCUAUAUGGUCCUUGAGUUCCUUCCGGGCGGGGAACUCUUCUCUCUUCUCAACAGAGAAGAAACACUAGAGGAGGAAGCAGCAAGAUUCUACAUUGCUCAGAUUGCACUGGCUUUGGAGCAUCUUCACAAUAAUAAUGUGGUCUACCGAGACCUAAAACCGGCUAAUGUGAUGCUAGACCGUCAUGGACACGCCAAACUAAUCGAUUUCGGUCUGAGCAAGUUUAAUCUUGCAAAGGGUGAGAGGACUUCCACAUUCUGCGGAACAAUUGACUACAUGGCACCAGAAAUGCUGCGGAAUGGUGGAUCUUACGGUCACUCGGUUGACAUUUGGGCACUUGGAAUUCUGAUGUAUGAUAUGGUUGUUGGUGGACCCCCAUUCAGUGGAGAGACAGAAAAGGAGAUGUAUGCGAAUAUCCGGAAAGCACCUCUCAAGCUAUCAAAAAAGUUUUCCUCAGAGUGCAGGGAAGUUAUCAAGUCUCUCCUUUUACGAAAAGUGGAGAACCGAAUUUCAAUCUCUGGAAUGAAACAACUGGAUUUCUUUAAACUCAUGGAUUGGAAUAAACUGGAAGCAGGAGAGCUAGAGGCGCCGUUCAGACCUGAGAUCUCAAGCGAUACGGAUGUCUCUCAGUUUGACUCUUGUUUCACGAAUCUUCCACCAGAGGAGUCGCCAUGCAAGAUAGUUCGAAGUGCACGUCAAGGUUGUGCUGGCGACGAGGAGUUUGCUGGAUUUGAUGAAAAUCUUUGGUUCACAAGUGACUGGUCGAGCAAAGGGAUGACAUCCAAGACAACUGACAAAACGAAGACAUCCAGAAGGUAA